GAGAAGUACUCGUCAGUGUUGUUCAGACCUCUUGUUUCAUUUGACGGAUUCGUGUCGAGUGGAUAUUCAUAAUAAAUUCACUGAUGUGGGUUCUUCUUCUAUGUGCCUAAUCCGAGUUUUUUCUGUACUGUUUUUUGUAUUAUCAACCAAUUCACGACUUUAAUUAUGAUAGUGUCUUUAUAAGAAUAUUUUAAUAGGUGUAAAAACAAUUUAAUUAUAUUAGACACAGUGUAUUGUUAUAUCAGAUAAAUGAAACAUUGAUUAAUAGAUAUAUGGUAUCCGAUUACUAUUGUCGAGCGGAUAUUCCAUUUUUGAGAAUACAAUUAAUUAAUUUACUGUUACUCAAUAACUAGUGAUAUGAGAGAGUGAAAAUGUAUUUACUUUGCGAUUUUAUUAUAUAUUUUAUUCAAAGUUAUGUAAAACUGUGUAAAAAAUUUGUGGAUACAUAAAUCUGUGUAAAAGUAUAACAUUUCGUAAUGGACAUUCCGGAAUCUGAAACAUAAGAAAACGCCUUAACUACAAAAUAUAAAAAAGUACGUACAUAUACGUAUGUAUAUCACGCAUGGAAACAUCGUUAAUAGCGUCAGACAGAAUUAAUUGCAGGACAACCGACAUCAAAGUACAUUCCCAACGUGCCAAAAGAAAUUAAUGGCGCCUAGUUGGUUAUGAACUCAUCUCCAAAAAUAUUAUCUUCAGGGGAAAUAUCCCAUCAAAAUGAGCUGGAACAACAUUUAUUAAAACAUACCAUUUCUUCGGGACAUUCCCCGCACCCUAAUUCGGCAGCCACAACUACUUUGAUCCACCAACACAAUUUUUCUAAUAUUCAUCAUAUGCAAAGUUUGACAAAUCAACAACCUAACGCCAUAUUUAACAGCACACAUUCCACGCCAUUCAGUGUAACAGAUAUUUUAAGUCCGAUUGAGGAGUCGUAUCGGAAACUCGAACUAAAUUGCAGUCCACCAUCACCCUUUAGAACAAAUUCAAGCGGAAGUAGUAUCACUUCACCUAAUACAUUGGGUUCCACAACCAUGGCUAAUCCCUACGCGAUGGGCUCACUAUAUCACAGUCCAGGUGUCCAAAGUUAUUGCGGACCAGCAGAUAAUCUUUCAUUGGCAGGACAUUAUUCAGAUAUGAGAAAUUCGGCAUCUUGGUAUGGAUCUACGACAAAUGAUCCCAGAUUUGCAAUUACCAGAUUAAUGGGUGGGUCAGCUACUACCUCCAUGGGACAUAUGGCCAAUAUGGGAAGCCUUGCUACUUGUAGUGUUACUGAUUCGAAACCAUUGCAAUUUCCCUUGACGCAGAGACGGAAACGGAGGGUAUUAUUUACCCAGGCUCAGGUAUAUGAAUUAGAGAGGCGAUUUAAGCAGCAAAGGUACCUGUCCGCACCAGAAAGAGAGCAUUUAGCCAGCCUCAUACACUUGACGCCAACUCAGGUUAAAAUAUGGUUUCAAAAUCACAGAUAUAAAUGCAAGCGGCAAGCAAAAGAAAAGGCGAUGGCAGAACAGAGCCAACAAAAUCAGACUUCUAGUUCACCUAGACGUGUAGCGGUACCCGUUCUCGUAAAAGAUGGUAAGCCAUGCUCAGGCAGUAGCAGCACACCACUAUCUCAACAAGCUGGUACGGCUAGUAAUACAAGUAAUACCAGUAAUAACAACAAUAAUGUAAAUGAUAAUAUCGGUACCACGGAAGCAAAUAACAGCAUCACAGGUGGCUUAAAUCUUAUAACGGGCGAAACAACUAACUCCCAUUCUCCAGAUACAUCAAACUCCCUUAUUGCUAGCUAUAAUGGAACGAUUGGAAGCCAUAACCAAAUACAACAGCAAUCAUGCAAUAAUUCUUUAAUGUCCAACAGUUUAGCCAUGGCAUAUCGCAAUCAAAAUAAUUUUAUUUCGAACGGACAUCAGCAACAGUGCGCGGGUUAUUUACCUCUACAAGGUAGAGCGUGGUAGAAAAAAAUUAAUGAAUAACUCGCGAAGAAGAGUGGAAAAUAAAUGAAAAUUCACCAGAAAACCCCGCAUACACCAGAAGAAGAUGUCAACCAAAUUCGUGCGAAUGUAAAUUUUAAUGCAGUCGUAUUUAACACUGAUAAAUUAAUGAUUUUUCUACAUGUUAUGCUACUAGCUUAUAAAUGAAAAUAAACAACAGUUUUAUGCAUUUAUAGUAUCUGCCUCUAUAAAGCAAAUUCA